UGUGAAUUAUGUUAUUCGCGAUAUUGUUUAAGUAUUAAUAAAACAGUAUGAUCGAUUUUAACCUUUUCAAGGGCAAUCACCAAAGAGACAUGGCGCAAAGAUUUCCUGUACCAAAUACAGGGAAUAAUGGUCUGCCGCAACAAAGAUACGCAGCAUCGUCUGUACCUCCAAAUUUACGACAAUAUUCAGGCCCAAAUUUUCCUAUGCAACAAAGAUCUGGAUUUACUCCACCUCCACAAAUGACCAAUGCAGGUCCUGGUCCAGCUAGCAUAAUAAGAACAAAUCAGCCUUACUCUAACAUGCGUCAAGGUCCAAUGCCUACUCCACCAGUUGGAAAGAGAAGUGCAGAUCAACGUAUUCCCAUGUCACAGCAAAAACCGUAUUUUUGGAACAGUGAUUUUUCACAUUCCACGUCCAAGAAGAAGAAAAAACUGGCGGACAAAAUAUUACCACAAAAAGUGCGUGAUUUGGUGCCUGAAUCACAGGCAUAUAUGGAUUUGCUCGCGUUCGAAAGAAAGUUGGAUGCAACUAUAAUGCGGAAACGGUUAGACAUACAAGAGGCACUAAAACGUCCUAUGAAACAAAAGAGAAAGUUGCGAAUAUUUAUUUCCAACACCUUCUAUCCAGCAAAAGAGGCUGGUGAAGGAGAGGAGGGUUCGGUUGCAUCUUGGGAACUUAGAGUCGAAGGACGGCUUCUAGAGGAUACCAAAAAUGAUCCUAACAAGGUAAAGAGAAAGUUUUCUUCAUUCUUCAAAAGCUUAGUUAUAGAAUUGGAUAAAGAUCUGUAUGGACCCGAUAAUCACUUGGUCGAAUGGCACCGUACAUUGACGACACAAGAAACUGACGGGUUUCAAGUGAAGAGACCUGGAGAUAAGAAUGUUCGAUGCACUAUUCUUUUGCUCCUUGAUUACCAGCCUUUACAAUUCAAAUUAGAUCCCAGAUUAGCGCGACUGUUAGGUGUACAUACACAAACAAGACCCGUCAUUAUUUCUGCACUCUGGCAAUACAUAAAAACGCAUAAGCUUCAAGACAGUCAUGAAAGGGAGUUCAUAAACUGUGAUAAAUAUUUGGAACAAAUAUUUGCUUGUUCGAGGAUGAAAUUCGCCGAGAUACCACAGCGUCUAAAUCCGCUGCUCCAUCCGCCGGAUCCAAUUGUAAUUAAUCAUGUUAUCAGUGUAGAAGGCACGGAAACAAAACAAACCGCGUGCUACGACAUAGACGUUGAAGUGGACGACACAUUAAAAACGCAAAUGAACAAUUUCUUGCUUUCCACCGCGAGUCAGCAAGAGAUUCAAAGUUUGGACAAUAAGAUUCACGAAACAGUUGAAACGAUCAAUCAGUUAAAGACAAAUCGAGAAUUUUUCUUAAGUUUUGCCAAAGAUCCUCAACAGUUCAUUAACAAGUGGAUUAUAUCGCAAACAAGAGACUUGAAAACUAUGAUAGAUGUUGUUGGGAAUCCGGAGGAGGAACGCAGAGCGGAAUUUUAUUAUCAACCUUGGGCACAGGAAGCCGUUUGCCGAUACUUUUACACAAAAGUUCAACAAAAGCGCGCAGAGUUGGAACAGGCACUUGGUAUUAGGAAUUCAUAAGCAUUAUCGAAAUACCAAUAAUGAUUUUGAAACAUAACUAUGUAAAGUAUUUAUACGAAUCUUUUUUCUUGUUCUAAUAACAACAUGUCUUGCACUCAAUUCGAUGUUCUAUAAGGUUAUUAAGUGUAAAUGACAUUAGGAUGACAUAUUUUUACGAAUGUCAAGAAUAUAUAUAUAUAUAUAUAUAUAUAAAGAAGCUGUAUAGUUUCACAAAUACAGAACUAUCGCGAAUAAUUUCUUCAUGC